GGCCGCGUCAGCGCCCGCGAGCCCAUUCAUCUGUGCACUUGGGCGUUGGACCCCGCAUCUUAUUAGCAACCAGGGAGAUUUCUCCAUUUUCCUCUUGUCUACAGUGCGGCUACAAAUCUGGGAUUUUUUUAUUACUUCUUUUUUUAAAAAAAACUACACUUGGGCUCCUUUUUUGUGCUCGACUUUUCCAUCUUUUCCCCUCCUUCCUGCGCUGCUGCUUUUUGAUCUCUUCGACUAAAAUUUUUUUAUCCGGAGUGUAUUUAAUCGGGUAUCUUCUGUCCUCCUCGCCACCCCCACCCCCUCCCUCCGGUGUGUGUGCCGCCGCCGCUGUUGCUGCCGCCGCCGCUGCUGCUGCUGCUCGCCCCGUCGCUACACCAACCCAAGGCUCUUUGUUUCCCCUCUUGGAUCUGUUGAGUUUCUUUGUUGAAGAAGCCAGCAUGGGUGCCCAGUUCUCCAAGACCGCAGCGAAGGGAGAAGCCGCCGCGGAGAGGCCCGGGGAGGCGGCUGUGGCCUCGUCGCCUUCCAAAGCAAAUGGGCAGGAGAAUGGUCACGUAAAAGUGAACGGGGAUGCCUCGCCCGCGGCCGCCGAACCGGGCGCCAAGGAGGAGCUGCAAGCCAACGGCAGCGCCCCGGCCGCCGAUAAGGAGGAGCCGGCGAGCGGAGGCGCCGCGUCCCCCGCCGCGUCCGACAAGGACGAGGCGGCCGCGGCCCCCGAGCCGGGUACCGGCGCGGCCGAGAAGGAAGCCGCGGAGGCCGAGCCCGCCGAGCCCGGCUCCCCAGCCGCCGAGGCCGAGGCCGCGUCCGCCUCCUCCACAUCGUCACCCAAGGCGGAGGACGGGGCCGCGGCGUCGCCCAGCAGCGAGACCCCGAAAAAAAAAAAGAAGCGCUUUUCCUUCAAGAAAUCCUUCAAGCUGAGCGGCUUCUCCUUCAAGAAGAGCAAGAAGGAGGCGGGCGAGGGCGCUGAGGCGGAGGGCGCGACCGCCGCCGACGGCGCCAAGGACGAGGCUGCAGCCGGCGAGGCGGCCGCGGCCCCCGGGGAGCAGGCGGGCGGGGCGGGCGCCGAGGGCGCGGCGGGCGGAGAGCCCCGGGAGGCGGAGGCGGCGGAGGCCGAGCAGCCGGAGCAGCCCGAGCAGCCUGCGGCAGCUGCGGCGGAAGAGCCCCAGGCCCAGGAGCCGUCGGAGGCCACCGGGGAGAAGCCGGAGGAGCCGGCGCCCAGCGCCACCGGGGGCGACGCGCCCUCUGCCGUCGGGCCGGAGCAGGAGGCGGCGGCCGAGGAGCCCGCGGCGUCCGCAGCCCCCGCCGCCGCGUCGCCAGAGCCACAGCCCGAGUGCAGUCCGGAGGCGCCCCCCGCGCCAGUGGCGGCGGCCGAGUAAGCUAGCGGCGGCGCUCUUACGUAAUCGAAGAACUUUUUCCCCCCCAGUUUGUUUGUUGGAGUGGUGCCAGGUACUGGUUUUGGAGAACUUGUCUACAACCAGGGAUUGAUUUUAAAAGACGUCUUUUUUUUUUUUUUUAAUUUUGCAUUUUUUUAAGCAGCAAA